AUGGUAAUUGAAAUCCCCUUCCGGGCCGUAACGGCUGUGCCGGGCUCAGAAAACCCGCGUAGAUCGCGCGGUUUCACGAUCGAAUCGCUCAUUGGGACCGAUCUAGAACGAAACAACAAACGAGACAGCGUCUGUUCCCAGCCAGCUCACCACCAUCCACCGUUGCCACCUCCUCCACCGCCCCCGCCCGUGGGUCACGUCAGCAGCAACGGGGCCCUAACGAGCCCUCUUCUUCCCUUGGGCGCCAACUCCUUGUCAUCCUCAUCGUCUUCAGCAUCUUCCCCUUCUUCAUCGUCAUCUUCGUUAUCCUCUUCGUCUGUGUCCCCGAACGGGAACCACCACACUGCCAGCUCCGGCGGCCCCGUCACGUCGACAUCGCUAACCACGUCAUUUUCGAAUCCCGUCGGGGCCACCGGUACAACAGGAAGCAGCGCAGGACUCCAUUAUCCGUUGAAAUGUGUACAGAAUACGGAAGAUUAUUACCGGGGUACGGCGUCCGGCUUUACUCCGGUUCGAUUAUGCAACCAUCCACUUGGUUCAGCGGUUACUGUGGCCGCAGCUGCAGCUGCCGCUGCUGCGGCCGGCACGGCCCCAACCUGGACGGGCGUCUUACCCCCGACGUCGCCGGCGGCUGCUGCCGCGGCCGCAGCAGCAAUGGGACCCGUUAAUAUGAGCCUGUAUCGCGAUCACACUCUCUUCAACCCUUGGAUGUUUGCCCGUUGCGCUGGAUACCUGGGACAUCGAUAUCCAGUUAUCUAUGUCGUACGAGAAACAAGCCGUGAUUACUCCAGGAUCUCUACCGGACAGCAAGCAUACCAUUCCGCCCACAUUGGCAACAGCAUGUCUCUCUUUGGUCAUUACUGGUUCAUCCCCGGGCUCUGCGAAACGCUGGGGUUUAUGAACGAGAUCCACGGGCUCGGUGAAACGCUGGCGUUUAUAAACGAGAUCCACUGGUUCGGUGAAACGCUGAGGUUUCCUGAACGAGAUCCACGAGCUCGUCGAAACGCUAGGGCAUUCCUGAACGAUAACCACGUGCUCCGCGAAACACUGGGGUUUCCUGAACGAAAACGAGGUUUUCUUGAACGAGAUCCUUUGGCUCGUCGAAACGUUAUGGCUUUUGAAUAA